AUGGAUCACACCCGAGACCCCUGCCCUUGGGUUAUUCUCAAUGACUUUGGCGGUGCUUUCGCCAUGGGCGCCAUCGGCGGCACAGUAUGGCACGGUAUCAAGGGAUUCCGCAAUUCCCCCUACGGCGAGCGAAGGAUCGGCGCCAUCACGGCCAUCAAGAUGCGCGCCCCCGUCCUCGGCGGCAACUUUGGCGUCUUCGGCGGUCUCUUCGGCACCUUUGACUGUGCCGUCAAGGGCAUCAGGAAGAAGGAGGACCCGUGGAACUCGAUCAUCACGGGUUUCUUGACCGGUGGUGCGCUCGCCAUUCGUGGUGGUUACAAGGCUGCCCGGAACGGUGCUAUUGGUUGCGCCAUCCUGCUCGGUGUCAUCGAGGGUGUCGGUAUCGGGUUCCAGAAGAUGUUUGCGGGAAGCACCAAGCUGGAGCUCCCUCAACCACCUCCUUCUCAACAAGAACAUCAACUGGCUUAA